GCCUUAGUUUAAGCAAUUACAACAAGUUAAAACGUUAAGGCUGAUUCAAAAGAUGACACGUCAUAACCAGGCAUUCAACCAAUCGGCCGAUACGCAAGUCACGGGGUGAUCAAGGUAUUUUGAAAACUACUAUAUCAGUGUGUGACACCUGAGCGGAGACAAUCAAUCGGUAUCGUCUCAUCUUACAUCGUUUCACGCUACAAUCGUCAUCCAAAGCAUGGCAAAUUUGGAUUCCUCGUUUGUUCCGACUGCAAAGCUCCGCUCAACCUGUAAAGAGUGUGCUCUGUCGAAAGUCCGAUGUGAGAAGCAAAAGCCUACCUGUCGACGAUGCGAAUCGCACGACUUCGAAUGUGUAUAUGACCGCUCGAAACGUAGAGGGAAACCAAGGGCGACGAAACAGCAUCUGCCAACGUAUACUUGGUACGAUGCAGAUCUCCUCCAUGGCGUCACGGCCUCCCCAAGCUUUACCAGUCCAUUAUCUCAAGACAUUGGAUUCGACCCGGAUCUUUGGUGCACAAGCAACAUCUCGUACGUAGAUGUUGAGCCGCACCCUUCGAUAUUCCGUGGUAUCGACGACGAAUCCUGUGUCACACUGUCGAAUAACGCUGAAAACAAGACAAUUCUACUUCCCGAACCAACAAUGCUUUCUUGUAUACCACCCCGUCUUUGUCAAGAUGAACCCUGUAUGGGAGCAACAUGUACAGAUCAAACACUACGUAUUCUGAGUGCUCUUUGUCACGUCGGAUCCGCAAAUCGGACGAUCGGUGGUCUAGCAGACAAGAGAGCAACCUCAAGCAGUAUUGUUCUAGGAGCGAACAGAGCAGCUCUGAAGGACAUAGAGCAAGUGUUGAGUAAGCCCUGUACGUACUGUGUGCAGGACGCAAACGUAUGCUUUUUGGUGGCCACAGCAAUGUCCAAGAUUCUGGCAUGGUACUUUAGUGUCUUGGAAAGCAUAUCUGAGCUUCCAGAAUUACGGUCGACUUCAACUUCUGAGCUGGUGUUGAUGACGCCUAUUGUCAUGGGUCAGUUCCAAUUGGACCGAGUGGCGGAGACACGAAUGAGUGCACAGCUGUUGCUGUGUGAGCUUCAAUGCUUUGGAAUUGUACUAAGCUUGCUGGAGCAGCGAAAAGAUCGUUCCGUGCAAGGGAGAGAAGUGAGCAGUACUUUCCAUGCAUAUCUUCGAGAAUCUUUGCGCGUUUUGAACAGCAAGCUUCAAGGUUUGAUCGUCCCGGCUGGAGGAAAGGAAAGAUAGACUCGUUCUCUUAAUGAUUGCUUAUCAAUGGCCCACUCAGUACACAAUCUGAUUUGUUGUUCAAAGACAUAAAAUUUGCGUGUUUGAGGCCAAUGUGAUGC